UUCGAAACAAAAUAUUCUUUCAGAAUAAUAUUUCCAUUAGCCAUAGCAAGAAGAACAAACGAUGGCUUCAUAUGAUGAUGAUGAAGAAUUUUCUAAUGGCGGAAAAAAUGGUAAAACUAAAAAUAAUGAUCGCUCAUUCAUUAUGAAUGAUGUUCCAAGCGAUAUUGACAAUGAAUCCAACGAUUAUCAGAGUGAAGAUGAGAUGGAAGAGAUAGAAAGUGCUGGUCAAGGUGAUGAAGAAGAUGAGGAAAUCGUGGAUGAUGAUGAUCGAGAAGAACGAAAGCAAUCAUCGUCGGAUUCUAAAAAAGCAGCUAAUUCUUCAACUAAAAAUACUGACAGAAAAAAGAAAUCAUCAUCAUCAAGUACUGUCAGGAGGAAAAGCCCGGCUCGAGAUCCAAAACCACGAUCGAAAAAAGUCGAUCUUGCUAAAACACGUUAUUUAUGGGUAAGCGGAGUACCAGUUGGUACGAAAUCAACCCAAUUGGAAGAGAUAUUCGCGAAACAUGGAAAAGUGUUGGCCAUCAAGAUUAUUCGUGGCGGCAAUAAUUCAUUACUUGGUUUUGUCAAACUUGAAUCACAUGAUCAAGCUCAACGAUGUCUGGAUAAAUUGAACAAAACUGAAUUUCGGGGAAGCAAAAUUGAAUUGUUUAAAGAAAGACCAGUCGACAAGGACAGUGACGGUAAAAAAGUCGAAAAAAUAGGCUUCAGUGAAUCUCGAAAAAUUCAAGCCAAACCAUUACCGAAACGACCUCUUCCUUCUUUUCGACCAAGCACUCGUGGAUCAUUUCAUCGACCUCCUCGGACUUCAUUGCCAUCAAAAUUGAUAAGGACACCACCUAUACGAUUAUCAUCAUCAAGUAGCCAGGGCGGCCCUCAUCGUGAUGUACGAAGCCAUGAACGAGAAGCAUCAUCGCGUUUGGAUCGCGAAAGACAAAAAUUGAAAAUGGAACGUUUGCGUUUCGAACAAGAAAAAGCCGAAUAUAUUAAAAUCGAAAGGAAAUCAAGAUUUGAAUUCGAACGUGGUGGCGGCAGCAGUGUCGUCGUUGGUACCGAAAAUGAAGCAAGCCCACCAAAUCGGAUUCGUUCAAUGAUCAAACGCAACAAUGCAGCUGGAACAUUCGACGAUGGAGCCCCAUUCGUGCAUCAUGAAGAGAAACGUUAUGAUGAUUAUAAUAGACGCGAUUUUACUUCUGUUCGUAGGUAUGAUUCCCGUAGAAGUCCCGUGGAACGAAAAAUCAAUCCACGAUCAUCAUUUGGUGCGAUUUCUGGCAGUCGAAAUAACUAUGAAACUGGUAGUCGACCAGAUCGAUAUUCAGAUUUGACUAGUAAGCGCUGGCAGCAACCAUCAAUGGAUUCCUGGAUGACCACUGGAUUAGCUAGUGGUAUCAGCACCGAAAAUCGUGGAUGGAAUUCUUCCGCUGGCUAUGAUCAUCACACAUCACCUCGGAUAUUAUCAAGCAGUAUUGGUAGUACCAGUGGAACGAUGUCAUCGCGACUAAAUCACUCGUCUGACAUAUCACGCGGCCAUGGUGGCGGCGGGUAUUAUAAUAAUCGUCGAUAUUAAUUUUAAAAACAUCGAUUAAUCAAAUUGACAUCAUUGGAUUUUUUUUAAAUUGGAUUAUAUUCUCUAUCAUCAAACUACCAAUCUUAUCAUAAUCACGCGCGGUGUUUUCUUUCAAAAUAAAAAUAAAUUUCUUAUUUAGUGU